AGGAGAAGAAGCAGCAGCUUUGCACCAGCUGGAGAUGCUCUAAAGAGGAAGACUCACAUUUAAAAAAAAAAAGACAUGCAGCACAGGCCCGUUUGUGCGGGCUGCCACAGGCCCAUCACAAACAGGUUCCUGCUCCAGGUCACCACCAACGGCCUCUGGCACGAAGCGUGUGCUCGCUGUGCGGCGUGCGGGGACGCGCUGCGGCACUCGUGCUUCGUGCGGGACCAGCGACUGUACUGCAAGAGACACUAUGCAGAGUUGUUUGCGGUGCGUUGCGGCGGCUGUACAGACGCCAUCUCCCCCAGCGAGCUCGUGAUGCGUGCCGGGACCGCCGUCUUCCACGUGCAUUGCUUCGCCUGCAACGUGUGCUCCGCUCCGCUGAGGACGGGAGACCACUGCAUCCUCAAGGGGGGCCGGCCGGUGUGCGCCAGGGAGGACUACCACUGCGGGGCCGGCACCUCGUCGUCGUCCGACACGGGUAAAAGUGAUGACGACCACCUUGAGGACGAAGAGGAAGAGUCCGCGAAGGUUACGGGAAGACGGAUCAGAUCAGAGGAGCGGGAAAGCAAACGUCCUAAAAGACCUCGCACAAUCUUGACCACCCAGCAAAGACGCGUCUUCAAAGCCUCGUUUGAGGUCUCAUCCAAGCCCUGUCGUAAGGUCCGGGAGACCUUGGCAGGAGAGACUGGCCUUAGUGUCCGGGUCGUGCAGGUCUGGUUCCAGAACCAAAGAGCCAAGAUGAAGAAACUGGCCAGGAGACAACAACAACAACAGGAACGGCAGGAAGAGCCACCACCUGACAAAGCGCCUCCCAGUGGCACCCUGACCUCUCCGCCGGAGCACCUGGGUUCCUCCUACUCCCAAGUCCAGCAGCAGCAGAUGGGACCCAAAAGGGUGGAGCAGCAGGACUUUGACACAGACCCCUUCCGACAGGGCCUGACCCCUCCUCAGAUGCCAGGGGAUCACAUGCACCCCUACGGUUUCAAUGAGGCGCUUUUCGGCGACGUGGCCGAGGGCGACUGCUUGUCUCUGGGCAACACGUCCCUCCUCACGCCCAUGGACCGCCUCUACUCCAUGCAGGACGCCUACUUCGCCUCCUGAGAGACACGGCAACAUAUUUUGCUCCGACAGAGGAGGUGACGCGACACUGUCACACGCGCAAUAGUGUUCAUCCAUGACACCUCCCAGUGUACUUGAACGCCACACCACGAGAUUACCAGGAUGUUAGGUGUAAAUACUGUAGCCGUUUGAAUGAGUAUUUAUUCUUCUUGCAGUGUGUGUUCACUUGGAAUGAAUGAUAGCA